GGGGCCCCAGUUUUGUGCAAGUAUGACGACAGAUGGCAUGUAGCAGGACUUCUGAAUACAGGAAAGAAAUGCCAGAGAAAAAAGAUAAAUGCUUUGAGAGCUUCUUAUUUCAAAGCGUCAAUCCUGCAGAGCCAAGCUGGAACGCGCUGAAAGUGACAUGGAAUGUGUACACGGAUGUGCCAAGAACUCAAGGAGAAGCCGAAUUUAAUGGCUGGGUCCCACUUAUACCCGGGGCAAAAUGCAACGACAAUCCUAAAUUCAAGGGACUGAGAUACAUCAAAGACGGCGACAUGGGAGUUAUCCCAAUCUACGGUCAAGCUGGCUAUAUCGCAGGAAUACAGCUUGGCUUUCCUGAGAAUUACACUCCAAACCCAAAUAAUUUUCCGUCACCUCUCUUGAAAAAUGCAGAGGAUAUUCUAGAUGGAGGCAACUACUAUCAGACAGCCUACUUUACAAAUCCAGCUAAAAUUUGUGAAGGCCGAACAGCAAUGGAGUUUGCACUCGAGGGAACUGGCACCGAGCUGUUAUUGCAGAGUGGCCCAAACCCAAUUUCUGACUAUGUGACUAUACCAUAUACACAGGAAGAUGUUAAUAAUACCAUGUGGACCGAGGGCCAAUGUUUUCAGACCAUGGGAACACAUUACUGGUAUAACAUAAGUAAGGACAUGUCAUGUGAAGAGGUGUAUCCAAUGUUUCUCCUAUAUGAUAAUGGAGAACUCAACGCUUUUGGUUGGACUAUACCAAUGGACCUGGGAAAUGUAUCAAGAAGUAUUGAAAAUCCUCCUCCAAACUUCUAUCCGUAUGUCUUCAAAGUGGUGCCAGACUGUCUGUAUGGACUAGGAACCUUGUCUACAGUUCACAUCUACCUUAAAAACAACCCUGCUGAAAUCAAGUGUUAAAUAUAUCAUAGGGAAAAUAUAUUGAUUUGUGUCCCAGCUACAUGUAGUUAGAAUUCUACAGAUGCUAUAAAAGGAAACAAAUACAAGAUAUUCGUUAUUCCAGCACAAAACUUGUAAGACAUUGGUCAGAUUCAUGAAAUGUUCAUCAAAUCACGAGUAUAUCAAACUUGUCUGAAGACUUUUAUAUAAAUUCCAUUCAAACUUUAUUAAAAUUAUAUAAUACAUAAAACGAAAUGCAUUCUAAGACUGUAACAAUAAACUACACUUGUGUGAAUUUUUCUGGAAUAUUUUGUCACAUAAAUAACUGUAUAUCUUUUGAUUUGAACAUAUUAACAUUUUACCAAGAAAUGCGAUUAUUUAAAAAGGUGUUUAAGGGUGUGAGUACAAGAACUAAACAUUUACUGCCCUGUCUAAACACUUGCAAAACCAUAAGAGCACAAGUUUUAUGCUAGAAUAACAUUAUACACUUCUUACAAAAAUAAAAAAUUAAUAAAACAUGGGUGUUUCCAUUUUAUUUACUUUGACAAGGUAUGGAAUUGAGACCUAAAAAAAUCAUUGUCUGUUUCCAGUAACAUGCUAAAACAAGAGGACCAUGAUGGUCCUGAAUCGCUCACCUGUUCCCACAUGACCCAGUUUUGAGUAUGACGUCGUUUUUUUCUAUUAUUUGACAUAGUGACCUAGUUUUUGAGCUCAU